AUGGACGACUUACCGAAACCAAUCGCCUACGACUACCAAGGAUUAGUUAUUGGGUCGUGUGGUGCAGAAUAUCAGCACUUUGAGACAGACCUCGUUCUGAUUCUCAAAUCUCAGAGGGAACGAUACACAAAGAACCGCAUCUACGGAAUCAGCAAGGAUGCGUUCCUUCCACCUGUCGUCGAGAAGAGCUACGAUAAUUUCGAGCUAGCCAAAAACCUAGAGAGACGCUACGCGAUUCCACUCAAAUUCGGCGACAUCGUCAUGUUCAACGAUUCAGACAUUAAUCAUCACGAGAGUUUGGUCCUCCGAUUCAGACGCGAAAAACCGCUUUAUGAGGUGUCUUCCAACAAUUUGGGUCCACUUCUGAGGAUCGGUGGCGUCAUUAGUCCAAUGAAGCUGAACACUUUCUGGACUCCAUUCGAAAACGUUACCAUUCCAACUGAUCUAGCACCACUUGCCGAGCCGAACGUAUGGCUGACGGCGUGGAUUCGAGUGGAAACAAAAAUGUGGCACAGCAAGGACAACUAUCAUCUGGAUCGAUCUGUUGAAUCCCAAUUCUCAAUGCUGCCUGCAGAGCCAACACCGUGUGAGAGUGACGAUGAAAUCGAUUUGGAGCCGAGAAAGGAUAUCUACGUCAAAGAGGACAAAUGGGCGGAGAAAAUCAAUCGACAAUUGGGUCUUUUCGUCGGUGGACGUCUUCUUUUGUGCAAGGAUCUACCACAAUACGAUUUCAUCAUCCCAUUGCUGAAACCCGUCGCAGUCGCUCCCGGAGAGGAAAGAACAUUCAUCUAUCCAUCAAUUGGAGAAUAUUUCCACUUCAGCGCCGUUUGGUCCAUUCACCAUAAAGGCUUUCUAGUCACCGAAAUGCUGCCGUUCCAGAUUCUUAGAGGAUAUUCUACGAGUGCCAAUUCUCGUCCGUGUCAACCAAGCGUCUCUCGGGGACUCUUCACCGACUCGGACAACAGUCUCGGAUUGUUGGACGAUCCCCAUCACACAUUGUGCUUUUCCGAGUUCCAUCCAGCUGCUCAUGGUGGAUUGAAGGCGUUGGUUGAGAUCCACGCAGUGCGCUCCUCCGAAAACCGUUCUGUACGCUGGCGUAUCGUCCGAACGAUUUUCGAUGACGAUCACGUGUCGGGAUUCGCCUCAUGGCUGGCAGCGGCGACUUUCUGUGUUGGACCGAUCCAUGGAAUGGUCAUCAGCAAGGAUACGGUGAUCAGCGGCGACUAUCCGAGCGUCUACUUCCGUUUGCCACCAAAUUCCAACUUGAGCGCUGGAUGUGGAGUUCGAUUCCGAGGAAGACGAGCGGCAGGAGUUGACAGCGAAAUCUUGAUCGAAGAGAUUCACACCAAUCCGAAGUUUUCGGCAAGAAAAGUGAUCGGACAAGAAGAGAAUCGUCUCUUCCAAGUACCACUGAAGUUGAUUCUCGGCCAUGAUCAACUGGCAAGAAAUGAAGUCUUCGGUCCAGUGGAUAUGCGACAGUUGGAUCCACCAGCGGAUACUGAUGACGGAGUAUUCUACGCAUGGGUUCGCGAAUCACCAGCAAUCGACAACUGUCGUCGUGCAUGCACUAUCAUGGAAGUUUUCUCGGUCGCACUCAACACACCACUUCUUCCUCCUCUCAGCGGAUCUUCUAGAAGUGGAAGUCGUCACAGCGGCUCAUCACUCGCAACACCAAGUAGCAGCUCGCAUGGAGGAUCAACAUCGUCCCGCAAUUCUACCAGAUCUAUCAACUCUAAUAGAUUUGUCGGUGGUCCAGCUCGCAACACUCCGGGAAGCAUCAGCCACAGAGGUGCUCCAAAUGAUUCGGCAGUCUGA